AUGCUCAUUAUCGGACGUGCUGUGGCUGGUAUGGGGGCUUCGGGCUUGAAUAAUGGUGCAUUGACCAUCCUAGCAAGCACUACUCCACCGGAGAAACGACCGUUUUAUAUGGGAAUCAUUAUGGGCGUCGCCCAACUCGGUGUCGUUCUGGGUCCGUUGCUAGGAGGAGUGUUCACGGAGCAUGCUACCUGGAGAUGGUGCUUUUAUAUCAAUCUUCCUAUCGGUGCCGCAAUCGCCGGCAGCCUUCUGUUGCUCAAAAUCCCCGAGCAAACGACCAAACCCCCUUUUUUCUCAGUCUUCAGAAAACUACCAUCCAAGCUCGACCUCGUUGGUUUUCUUCUCAUUGCACCCUCUGUCAUCCAAUUGCUCCUAGCUCUUGAGUAUGGUGGCAACCAAUUUGCCUGGAACAGCUCGACUGUCAUCGGCCUCUUCUGUGGGUCUGGUACGACCUUCCUGGUGUUUCUUUACUGGGAGCACCGUCGAGGCAACGAGGCAAUGGUUCCAUUACAUAUGCUCCGGCAGCGGAUUGUCUGGACGAGCUGCGUCAACCAGACCUCCAUCAUGAUCAUGAUGAUAUGCGCAUCCUAUUUCUUACCGACGUACUUUCAAGCCGUAAAAGGCGUUUCUCCCACAAUCAGCGGGGUGGAUCUUCUCCCUAGCAUUAUCGGUCAGUUGGUAGCAUCGGUAGUCUGCGGAGCUCUAGUCGGCAAACUGGGCUAUUAUCUUCCAUGGUCCGUCGCCUCAGGGGUUAUCACCGCUAUCGGCAAUGGUUUGGUCUCCACGUUCUCGCCGUCCACAUCAACCGGGAAAUGGGUCGGAUAUCAGAUCCUUCUAGGAGCAGGCCGCGGAUUAGGAUUUCAAGCACCAAUAAUCGCCAUUCAAAACGCCUUGCCACCCGCGGAGAUAGCGGUGGGUAUGGCUCUGAUGAUGUUCUCCCAAACGCUGGGCGCCUCCGUAUUCUUGGUUGUUGCCAACGUGAUAUUCACCACGAGCCUUCGAGCGGAGAUUCCUAGGUACGCACCGGAUACUGAUCCCGGGGCAGUUAUUGCAGCAGGAGCAUCGGCAGUGCGAGAUGUGGUCACUUCUGCGGCGGCAUUGGCUGGAACGUUGCAGGCGUAUGCGGUCGGUGUGGAUCGAGUGUUUUACCUAACCGUUGGGUUUUCCGGAGUUUGUUUUGUGUCGGCAUGGGGAAUGGGAUGGAAGGAUAUUCGACGAAAGGACACUUAG